UUUUUUUUCAAUUUUUUGUUGUUUUAAUUCUUCAAAAUUCCAUUGAAUUCCUUUUUCUUUUUUAUAAAAUUAUUAAAGCUUCUCUUGUACUGCCCCCCUUCUCUGCUCUGGAGAGAUUUAGAGAGAGAGAGAGAGAGAGAGAGAGUUGUAAAAGGAGCUCCAUGGAUGCUUCGAUCUCCGCCCUCCUCAGUUUCUAAGAGAUCUCAUCAUCCAAACGAAACCCCCUUCGUCUCCAUUGUGUAUUCGUUUUUUGCUCGCACAUUUCUCUCCCGUUUAUAAUGCCGUGUUGUUGAGGGGAUUUCAUGGGUUGAACUGUGCGGAAUAAUGGGUAGCGUUAGCGAGGAUGAAGAAUGCCCGUUUUUUGAUGCGCCAGAUAUCAAUGUUCCCUCGAUAUCGGAAGCCAAUUUUGAUGGGAUUGAGGCGGGCUUUGAUUCUCGUCCCAGAUUUAACAAUUGGGUCGAUGGGAGUUUGGGUUAUGAUGUAUGGAAUCGAAGCCCUAUGAGUGUUCAUGAGCGUCGAAGUAAGUUUUUGAAAUGGAUGGGAAUGGGAUUAGAUCGAGCUCCUCUCGCUAAUGGGAAUUCUCUCACUGUUUGUCGUGAUUGGAGAGAAGGGGAUGGAGAAAGAUGGAGGGAUAAUUCCGGGGCUGAAUCCUCAGAGUUUGAAGAUGUGUUUUGCUCGGGUCGAUCUUCGUUGUCGUGUUGGUCUAAUGAUGAUCUUGAACAUUCAGAGAUGGCUUCAAAGAAUAGCAUUCUGUAUAGGGAUGGUGGGAUUCAUGGAGAAUGUGGCAGGAAAAUUGGGGAUCUAAAAAAAUCUGUUCGGUUUGCAUUGCCUGAAAGGCUCGAGGAGGCAUCGAGUUCUUCGCCGUCUUUCCAACAAAUGAUGGAGAUGGAGGCUGAGAGGGCUAACAUUCCGUUGAGUACAGAACGAAGAGUCAACAAACGUUGGCUUAAGAAAUUACGAUCGGCUGCCUGCAUUUUCGAUAAGCAUGGUAAGUCAAGAUUGGUUGUUGAUGGUGAUUUGAGUACAGGGUCGAGAGUUCCGAGGAUGAAGGUUCGCCAUUGCAAGAAGCAAUUGAAAGAACUCUCAGCUAUGUAUAUGGGACAAGAUAUCCAGGCACAUCAAGGUGCUGUUUUGACGAUGAAGUUCAGUCCUAGUGGACGGUUUCUUGCUACUGGUGGUGAUGAUGGGAUUGUUAAAUUAUGGCAAGUGAUUGAAGAUGAGAGAUCGAAUGAAUCCGACAUUCCCGAGAUCGAUCCAUCCUGCAUUUACUUCACAGUUAAUCACCUUUCUGAGUUGAAACCCCUGCGUUCGGAGAAAGAGAAGAUAGCUAACUCAAUGGCCUUGAAGAAAACAUCAGAAUCAGCUUGUAUAAUUUUUCCACCUAAAAUCUUCAGGAUAUUGGAGCGACCAUUGCAUGAGUUCCAUGGACAUACCGGCGACAUUCUGGAUCUCUCUUGGUCAAAAAACAAUUAUCUUCUGUCAUCAUCAAUCGAUAAAACUGUCCGACUUUGGCGAUUGGGAUCUAACGAUUGUCUCAGAGUCUUUUCACAUAGUAACUACGUUACUUGUGUUCAUUUUAAUCCCAUGGAUGAAAAUUACUUUAUCAGUGGUUCAAUAGAUGGAAAGAUACGCAUUUGGGGGAUUCCUUCUUCUCAAGUUGUUGACUGGAUAGACAUGAGGGAAAUUGUCACUGCAGUAUCCUAUCAUCCUAAUGGGCGGAGAGGAGUUGUUGGCUCCAUAAACGGUACCUGCCGCAUCUUUAGAGUAAUAGGUGAUAAUAACCUGGAAUUAGAUGCCGAAAUAUGUUUGUCGAGUAAGAAGAAGUCGCCCAGUAAAAAGAUAACAGGGUUUCAGUAUUCUGCAAACGAUUCGAGCAGAAUUAUGGUCAGCUCUGCUGAUUCUCGAAUCCGGAUUGUUCAAGGGCUUCAUGUGGUCCAGAAAUACAAGGGGCCUUGUAAUACCGGAAACCAGAUGUCUGCGUCGUUCACCUCAGACGGGAAACAUAUUAUAUCUGCUAGUGGCGAUUCUAAUGUAUAUUUAUGGAACUGCAGUUAUAAGAACGAGUCUAUUUUUUCCCCGGUGAAGAAGGUCAAGUCGUAUGAAUAUUUCCCCUCCAAUGGUUCCAUUGCAGUACCGUGGUGUGGUUUGAGAAGUAACACAGACGACGAAAGACGUUUUUCUGGCACGCGAAGGAGUUCUUCUGACACUUUCCCGCUUUCGUCCCCGGCCUUUUUCUCUUUGAGGCAAGAGUUAUUAGAAUCCUUCCCCAAGGGAUCUGCAACUUGGCCCGAGGAGAAGCUCCACGCUUCGAGCCUGCUAAUGAAACCAUCUAUGAUGCAUAAAUCUCGAUAUAAAUUUCUGAAAUUGUCUUGCCAAAAUACAUCGAGUUCUCACGCGUGGGGUCUGGUCAUCGUGACUGCAGGAUGGGAUGGACGGAUCAGAUCGUUUCACAACUACGGGUUACCUGUACACGUCUGAAAUUUAAGGAUGUUCCGAAAAUAUGAAGUGAUUUCCAUCUGGUUUUGGUUUUUCACAUGUUAGUGCCUCCUGGCUGAGUAUAAGCUUAUGAUGCAAGCCUGAUAUCAUUUUAGAUGAUCAACACAUGUUAUCACCCCCACUGCAAUAAACACAAUCAUACGUGCUGAUGGCUGAUAUGUUAUCGUUUUCGGAGUUUCCUCGAGCUAUCUCUAUAUAUUUUCUUAUACUCUAGGGCCAGUUUAUCGAAACAACGACGACGAAACAAGCUUCUCUAUGGAGGAACAACUUCAAAUCAGCUAGUGGCCAAGGUUGCUGCAGGGGCUUGGAGGACCUCAUACCUCUCGCCUUUUCUGCUCUAACACGGUCAGGGAAAUCAAGAUUGGUGGCCUGUAUUCAUUGAAGGAAAAUUGGUAUAUCUUGUGGGCCAUUUUUUAAAAACGAUUUGAUAUUUUUGACCAUUUCUGUUUCGGCUUCGUAUCAAGACGACGAUGACGACGAUGACGACGAGUGACAUGAGGAUUUGAGUGUGGGGCAACAAAGUCGGUCGUUUUCAUCUGAUGAGACUUUACCUUCCAGGCUGAUCUUGAAAUGCAAGGAAAAAGUUUUUUUUGUUUGCUUCUUGCUGCUUGCUCUUGCUUGCUUGCUGUAUCAUUACACUAACACAGUCUGCACCAACCCCUUUUGCUAACAGAGUUUAUAGGUUGUAUUAUUCUCACUUAUUUCAUUCGACAACGCCGAUCAUGGUGUUACGAGCUUAAGCUAAGCUACUUAGCAUCUAUGUUGUAAAUACAAACUCUGUACAGGCUUCCACCCUCCCUCCCCCGCGUAAAAACUGUUCUAUGGAAGUCGUUAUAGAAUUGAAAGUUCAAACAGAUCGAGA